AUGGCAGCUGCAAACAUGCGCAUCUUCGUGGUGUGCGUUGCACUGCUGUUCGGACCGGGAUAUGCCACGAAGACGAGCACCGCUGUGGCAGCAAAUCCUAUCAGGAAGGUCGUGACCAUGAUGCAGAAGAUGUCAGAAAAGAUCGAGCAAGAGGGAGAGUCUGGGAAAGAUCUUUAUGACAAGUUCAUGUGCCACUGCAAGUCUGAGCUGGAAGAUUUCAACAAGGGGAAGGCUGAGUUUGAAGCCGCCGUGCCGAAGCUCGAGUCCGACAUCAGCACUGCUGAAGCACAGAUUUCGCAGCUGAGCCAGGAGAUUGAGGCGCAGCGGGCCGACGAAGAAGCCACAGUGGACAGCAUGAAGCGUGCUGGGGUUGAGCGUGAGAAGGAGCACACCGUCUACGUUGAUGAGGUGACCGAGUUGAAGGGUGACAUCGGUGCGAUCGAUCAAGCCAUCCCCGCGCUGGACGAGGCUAACCAGGGUGCUUUUGUCCAGACUGGCCACCUUGCGGGUCUUUCGAAGAAGCAGGUCGACAGGCUUCAGCACGUGGUGUCGAAGAGCAAGAGCGUCACCGAGAGCGAUCGGCAGGUGCUGACUUCCUUCCUCGAGGGCAAGGUCGAGGCUCAGGGCAUCGGCGAGGUGAAGGGUAUGCUGGAAGUGCAGCGAGGGGAGAUGGCGAAGGAAGUCGUCGUCGAUGACAAGGAGGAGGUUAAAGACGUCAACAUCUUCGAGGAGUUGAUGAACGCCAAGACUAACGAGAAGGAGACCAUCGAGGAGACCAUUGCGGACAAGAUCGACCGGCUCGGCAUUCUCAAGGUCUCCCUUGUCGAGCUCAAGGGCGAACUUAAGGAUGCGCAGAAUGCAAUCUCCAAGGAUUUCGAUGUGCUGAAGAAGCUCUCUGAGACCUGCGAUGCCAAGACUCAUGAAUGGGACGUGCGUGAGAAGACCCGCAGCGAGGAGUUGUUGGCCAUUCAAGAGACCGUCAAGAUCCUGAACAGCGAUGAGAACCUCGGGCUCUUCAAGAAGGCAUUGCCCAGCCCAAGCCUGUUGCAGCUGGAGGGUUCCCAGUCCAGGACCAAAGCGCUGGACACAUUGAAGACCUAUGCCAAGGGUAUGGGCUCCGAGGCGGUGCCCAACCGAACCAACAUUGACCUCGUUAUGCUGGCCUUGUCCCACAAGGGAGUCGACUUCUCGACGGUAAUGCAAAUGAUCGACAAUAUGACCGCGUUGAUGGUGCAGGAGCAGUCCGAUGACGACGACAAGAAGGACUACUGCAACAAGCAGGCCUUCGAGAACAAGCGCAAGACCAAGGCACUCCGCCACAAGAUCCAGACCCUGAAGCAGGCUAUCACCACCCAGGAGGAGGCUGCAAAGGCCACCGCGGAGGAGAUCAAGUCCCUGCAGACCGGCGUGGCCUCGCUGGACAAGUCGGUCGCCGAGUCCACGGAUAUGCGAAAGAAGGAACACGAGGAGUACCAGAAGACCGUGCAGGAGCAGGCCGCGACCAAGGAUGUCCUGCUGAUGGCCAAGAACCGCCUCUUCCAAUUCUAUCAUCCGGAGCCUCGGCCGACUUGGUGA